GCAGACAAGGACCAUCUAGAAAAUAAGGUAAUCCACUGGAAGAGAAGUGGAAUGGACCAUUCCAAGUGCUACUGACCACUUUCACUGCAAUCAAAGUGAAGGAACUGUCGUCCUGGAUUCACUACUCUCGAGUGAAAAAAGCUCCAGAUAAGCAAUGGACUUCUGAACCUUUAGGACCUUUAAAACUAAAAUUACAAAAGACAGCUUCGGGUAGUAAGGAAGUCUCAAUAUCACAUAUAAGAAGAUUAAUGUAUACACAGUUUUAAAAAUUGAUGGUCAGAUUAGAAGAGAUUGGGGAAAUUCACGACAAAUACCGUCUUUUGAAAUAAGAGAGAACAGCUUGGUUGAUAUAGCAUGUAAAUUUGAUAUGGCACAAGUGUACCUAACCACUGUAAUGAUGGUUGGCAUUUAUGUAUACAAUUUAGAAGAGCCACAACAAUGUAUAUUCUCGGCAGUAUUGUACACUUCACCAAGAAUACUGUCAAGCAGAAGUUCAACCUAAAGUUAGUUCAAUGAUUAGGUGCAUAGGAGUUAUACAUGAUGCAAGGAAAAUGAUAAGAUCAUACCGACAAGCAGCCUUGAUUUUAGUCCCAAAGGAUAUAACCACCACACAUGGUAUGGAUAAAGCCCAAACGAUUAAAUCGAUUACUCUCUCUCCCCAACCUAUCCCCUUUCCAAAAGUGAAAUGUUCAAAUACUAUUCUCAAUUAUAAUGCACCAAUAAUAUAUAAGAAAUAUGUAAUACAUGGGGAAAAUAUAGCAUGCAAAAAGGAGAUAAAAACUUUCACUCAACCAUUUACCUUUAGGAGUAUGGUUACUUGUAACGCAUCUGAAAAGGCUGAAAACAUCACUAUAAAUAUAAAAUACAAUAGCACUGAAAAAGGGAAAUUUAUCAUAUGGGAAGUACCAACAGGUACUUUGAAGGCUACGUGUCAGCAACCUCAAUGUAGCUUUACUAUAGUAAAUCAAGGAGAAGCAGUUUAUAAGAUAGGCGCACUAUGGAGUCUAGAAAGCCGUUCAGCAACAUUCCUAUUCCCCUUUGCGCUCCAUGUGCCUCGGAGGAAUAUAAUUACUCCAAGUCCAACCACCAUCCCUCUGUUUGAACCAACUAACUGUGCUGUGAAAUACCAUAACCUUUCGUUCGCAGGCCCUUAUGUAGUGAGACAAUCCAAUGAGCAGAAAUUAUUUCUGGACCCCACAUAUUCCUUAAAGAAGGUACGGGUAAAGGUACAAGCUGAUAUAUCUCAGAUAAAAUCAGAAUGCUUACCUUUUGUUUCGCAAAGUCUUAAAGGAUGGAAGGCAUGGUUACAUUCCAGAGCUCACCACUCAAGGAAACAGAGAGAUUUAACAGGAUGGUUUGGAUCUGGACUAGGAGUUUUAAACUCGAUUGAUCAGGAAGUAAUAAUUAAUAAACUGAGCACAGUCACCUCUGAUUUAGGAAGACUAGAAGUACCAUUAAGAUCAUCUUUAAUCACUCUGGCUGGAGCUCAGCAAUUGACUGUUGAUUUCAUUUCCCUAUUAUCUAACCAUACUACUGAGGAUUUCCAAGCAGUAGCAACAUUUGUACAAGGACUACAAGGAAAUGUCUCUAUUGCCAUAAAGUGUAUACAAACACAACAAGUACUGGAAACUAAUGAAUAUGUUAAAACUCCUUACAAGAAUAUGUAUGUAUGUAUGCAUACAUGUUGUCAAACCGACUCCGUCUGGCACGCACAUUUGGAGGAGCGAUCCCCUGUGCGUCCAGCGCUGCAAUAAAGAAU